AAUAUGUCCGCCGAUAAAGAUAUAGUAAUCACGGGAAUGAGUGGUCGGUUCCCGAUGUCCGACAAUAUCGAUGAGUUCGCGAAGAAUCUGUUCGAUGGCAUAGAUAUGGUUUCAGAAGACGAUAGCCGCUGGCCAUUAGAUUUAUAUGGCAUUUGUCCGCGAAUGGGAAAAGUGAGAAAUGUGGACAAAUUUGAUGGAUUUUUCUUUGGUCUUAUGCAACAACUGGUGGAUGAGAUCGACCCCCAGUCUCGCAUAUUAUUGGAAACUACUUACGAGGCUAUCGUUGACUCCGGUAUAAAUCCUCAAUCAUUACGGGGCACGAGAACGGGUGUAUAUAUCGGUGUCUCGAUAUAUGCCUGCAUUGAGGGCUAUCCCGAGGAACUACAGCCAGACCUGAGAUCUAACAAACAGCAGACAUUAUUGCAAACAAUGGGCAAUCAAAAGGGACUGCAGGCCAACCGUGUGUCCUAUGUGUUUGACUUCAAGGGCCCUUCAAUGGUGGUCGACACCGCCUGUUCCGCCAGUUUGGCCGCUUUCAAUCUGGCCAUCAAUGAUCUUAAACUUGGGAACGUGGAGUACGCUAUAGUGGGCGGCACUCACAUGACGUUCGAGCCGUUCCUCAACCAAAUCGGUCAAGAAGUGAGUCUAUGUUCGCCGCGCGGAGUGUCGGCCGUAUUGGACCAAAACGCGGACGGCUUCGUGAAGGCCGAUGGCGUGGCCUGUCUUCUGCUCACACACAGACAGCGGGCGCGACGAGUGUACGCCACGGCACUCGCGUCACGGCUCAACAUCGACGGCAAGAAGACCAAAGGCAUGUUCUUCCCCGCCUCCGAAUCGCAACAGGAUCUGAUGGUUAUGGCCUAUAAGGAGGCCGGCGUUGAUCCUCUUAAAGUCAACCUGAUCGAGGCACAUUGCACCGGCACCAGGGCGGGUGAUCCGCAAGAAGUGAAGGCGAUAUACAACGCCUACUGUGCACUCCCGGGCCGGACAGAGCCCCUGCCAUUGGGUUUGUUGAAGAGCAAUAUCGGCCACACAGAGGGCUGUUCGGGAAUCGCGGCCAUCAUUAAAGUGUUGAUCGCCUUUGAAAACGAGUGCAUUCCUCCCAAUCUGAACCUCAAACAGAUUAAAGACGAGUGCAAACAGUACUGUCCGCCACUCUAUCCCAACACCGAGAAACUGCCCUAUACUCCCGGCAUCGCUGGCAUCAACAACUUCGGCAUCGGUGGCCUAAAUGGUCACGUGUUGAUUGAGUGCAAUCACAAAGUAAAUGAUGAUGGUACAUUUCGCAUCGCAGAGACAGUGCCCCGUAUUAUCAAUGUCUGCGCGCGCACUGAAGAGGGCAUCAAAUAUAUGAUGGAUUUUAUACAAACUAAUCCGCAAAAGAUUAGUCGAGAAUUUUUGGCUCUUUUGACAGACACUAUGCGUGUGGAGCCCAGUGUUAAUUCAGCCGGUUUUCCAUAUAGAGGUAAUUAG